UGCGAUAUGAUCGGAGCAAACGGGUUUCGUCAUGAUAUUGCUACAUCAUUCACUUAUGAUGAAAUUUGGACAGUUAGGGUCAUGAUAUGAUCUAUUUAGGGCUUCUGGUUUGCCUGAUUACUCUCAGGAGGGCUUUAUUGGACUUCUUAAACAAAUGGUGAAAAUUAUAAUUUCUGUAGAGUAGUUUUCUGUGAGAUCUGUGAUUCUAGCUAGAUCAGAAUAUGUUACAUUUUUCAUCGUAUAAUGUACUAAAUAUUAUGACAAUAUUAGUACCAUAGGAGCUCUACUUGAUGAUCUAAUCGACACGGGUCUUUUCGGAUUGAACUGGAUUUUUGAAUUAAUAUUUGUUGUGGUGGGUUGGAAAGGUUCACUUGUUUGGAAAGCUUGGCAAAUUCUUAGAAUACUUAGUAUUCUAACUAUCUGAAUUGAUCAAACUGAGAAUACUUAGGCGAUCAUAGGCCACUUCUAACUGUCUGAACUCCAUUCUACAUGAACAGAUCCAACCAAGAUCUAUUCGAUUCAGCAUACAUGAUUAAUCUGACUUGCAUCCAAUCGGUUCAAGAGACACUCCAACAGAACAAGAGAAACAAUGGCUGGGAGGAGGAGAAGAACCUCGAUGGUAAAUCUCAACUGUUGGGGCUUGUUCUUGUUCAUAUUCUUGAGUGUCGUUCUUGACUCUGCAUGAAGCCGCAUCUGGAAAUCUUUCCAAUAUGGUUGCACACAUAAGAUCUUGUAUUGAUGGAAGCCUCAUGCGCAUUCAUAUAUUAAAGAUGUUUAGAGUUGGAGUUCUUUUGCAUAUAUAUUUAAAGAGUUGGAGUUCCUUUAUAUAUGGAUGUAAACAUCUUUGGUGCUAUCUUUCUGAAGGCCAACUUGGCAGGUAGAUAUCAUUGUUCGAGCUAAAUGGUUUUUCUAAGCUAAUCAGUAUGGUUGGUUGCUUUGGUUUGGUUGUUUGAUUCCUCUUAAAAGCUUUUAUGAUUACUUAUUUGGAGAUAUGGUUGGUGCUGAAAGUGCUUCUACAUCCGACAUUAAGUGAACAACCUCAUAGUAAUUACUUCAAUAGCUAGGUUGAAGUUGUUGUAGCUUAAUAUUCUUUGUGAUCAUGGUACCUCAGAUUCAUUUUUGAUAUAUAGCUGCAAUCUCCUAUUUAACAGAAUAUUCCGCUCUGGAGCAAAAAAUAUAAUGACACUCCAGUUGGUUCAACACUAUUUUUACCAUCUACAACAAUGAUUUUGAAACCUGAGAAACUUUGUCACAGAUGUAUAUUGUGUUUUUGGUUUCUAUCUGAGUCAUGUCAUCUAUUAAUAUGCUUCGUGGGUAUGCUGGUGCUCGGUAGUCAUGUUAAAUUAUUGAUCACUGCUAGUCUAAAAACUUAAUUUACCAGUUUGUGAAAGCAACUAAGAGAGCAUUGUUAUCAUCUUUAUGGCACAAUCAGAUUUGAAAAAUCCUUGCCAAAAAUUAGAUUGUACAUUUGACCUGUUGCUUGGUUCAACUUGAUUAAUUACUAAAUUGAUAAGAACAGAUGUUCAACUUGCUCCAAUUCAAAAGGCAGAUAAAGGUAUAAUCUGCUGUGAGAAAGUGUUGGAAGAUACCAUUUGUCAUACUGGUCAAGCUUAUUACUAUAGCAUUUAUGAUUGACAUAUCUGAAUGACAAAAUGCAAUUUUAUUUCAUGUUAGGUUUUGGAACUCCAAUAUUCUUAGACUACAAUUCUUGUGAUCAAAUAAUCAGUUUUGAAGUCAUGCAUUAAUUACACUUGUAAUUUUCCAAUCUUGAUCUGCAAACUCUGCUAUCUACUUUAGCAAUCUUACGUUAUGGCUCGAUGGUUUCUAGUCUUAAAAUUGGAUACUCUACUGUGCAUUUACAUGACAUUUUCCUAACUCGGUUAGGAGUUUGUCCGUGUCAAUCUGAACUCAUGAAUUAGAUAUGAUAAACAUGAUAUGAGUUGAUAUACAGAAAAAUCUGGGUAUCUUUUGGGUAGUCGAUCAUUUCUCUCAUGAUGCUUACAAAUAUAUUCUCUAAUGACCUGAUAGUGUAAUUAUUUCCUUCCAUAUGGCAAAUAAUAUUCCUCAAUCUAGUGUUUAUUGCACUUUUGCUAAUUAGCUUUUCAGUUUUUGUUGAUGGUGGAUUUCAAUGUCGAUAAAAAUUGAUACCUUGCUGCCAACCAAAGCAACAAGGAAAGCAUCUACUCAAGAAUUUGUAUGCGGAAAGUAUGCAAAUUAGGCUACUACGACAGCGAUAUUGCUGGCGAGAUGCACUUGAUGGGAUUGUCUCAACAUCAACAAUCUUAAAUUCAGAAAGAAUAGUUCCCAUCAAAAAACAGAGUACGUUUCUUCUUCUUACUCUAAUUAGUCUGCUAAUGAUUUAUGCUUGAAGUCUCUAGUACCAAAGAUCCCAAUCCAUUCAUAUCAUCUCCUUGUCUGCAUAAUUGGUAGUAUAUUAUUGUGUACCAAAUGCAUCUCAGCUUAACUUGAGAAAUCAUUUCUUGUUUUUGUUUUAAUCGAGUAUUCUGCAUCAUCUAAAGGAGAAGAGCAAAUUUAGUUCAAAUUCAACAUUGCCUGCUUCUUGUCUGAAUACAUGUCUCUGUAAGACUGGCUUGGGCACCACCGAUGAGACGAUCAAUUAGAGCGUGUGGACUCUGUUGUGCCUCACUGCGUGAUAAGUCAAACCAGGAAUUUAUAGCAACUACCAAAAAGGGUUGUGUUAUGUCCCGACUUAACUCGUGAGGCAUCCAGAUUGCGCGCCCGUGAGUUAUGUCAGGACAUAACGAGUACAAGAAAUAAUGAGAUAUACUUGCGCAAGAAUUCCAUUUGUGCAGGAUUUGGCAGACAUAGAUUACGUCAAUCUCCACUUCAGGCCCACUCUGGAAUCUUCCAUGAGAAACAUUCCUCCCUGGCGGGUCAGCAGUGGUUUCAAAGGUUGACGACCACUGUGGACCGAUGACAAAAGUCAACCGGAAGAUGCAAUUUGUCCCUGGACUUUUUGAGGAGAAUGUGGAAUGUUUCCCGGGGUUGUUCCUUCAAGUAACACGUCAGUGAUCACCAUCAGAUUGCCAACUCUUGCAGGGCGUCUGCGCUCAACAAAUAUAAUCAUCGAAAGAGAGAAGAAUAGAAAGAGACGGGCUCCUAUCUUCCUUCCAACUUUGCUUCCCCAACCCGGUAUCAUCCACGCCAACUUUCUUCGCUUUCAUCGUCGAAGUGCCGUCCUUUUCAGCAUCCUUCCCUGUGUCUCUCAUCCGCUCUCUCUACGUCCCAAAACUAAGCGAACUACCAGCGCGCGCGGCGGCGGCAGAGAAAGAUCCCAGCUUUGGCGAUCCCGAGGUCGUUCCGGCUACCAGCAAGCGCGGAGGCGUAGAAAGAACCCUCGUUUCGAGAUAUCGAGGAUGCUGCGCUCGUGCUUGAGGCCGCUGGAGCGAUGCUCCGGGAGGCUCGGCGGCGGCGACGGGCUGCUGUGGCACAUGGACCUCAAACCCCAUGCGUCCGGCGAGUUCUCCAUCGCCGUCGCCCAGGCCAACGUCUCCCUCGAGGACCAGGGCCAGGUGUUCGCCUCCCCUUCCGCCACCUACAUCGGCGUCUAUGAUGGCCACGGCGGCCCCGAGGCGUCUCGAUUCAUCAGCAACCGCCUUUUCUCCCAUCUCGAUCGGUUCGCGUCGGAGCAAGGGGGCUUGUCCUCGGAGGUGAUCAAACGAGCGUUUGACGCGACGGAGGAGGAGUUUUUGUAUCUGGUGAAGCGGUCAUGGCGGUUACGGCCACAGAUGGCGUCGGUGGGGUCGUGCUGUCUCAUCGGGGCGAUCACUGACGACAGACUCUACGUGGCCAAUUUGGGGGACUCCCGGGCUGUUCUCGGCCGCUGCAGCUUGGGUGGGAGGGCCGUGGUGGCCGAGCGGCUGUCAACCGACCACAAUGUCUCAAUGGAGGAAGUCAGAAAGGAGGUUGCUGCGAAUCAUCCUGACGAUAAGCAAAUUAUUGUGCAUACCCGUGGGGCUUGGCGGAUCAAAGGGAUCAUUCAGGUCUCCAGGUCUAUCGGGGACGUCUACCUGAAGAAACCCGAGUUCAGUAGCGAUCCAUUGUUCCAGCAGUUUGUUUCUCCUGUUCCAUUGGAGAGGCCUGUCAUCACCGCAGAGCCAUCAAUUCGGGUCCAUAAGCUUAAGCCACAUGACUUAUUUUUUAUAUUUGCAUCAGAUGGACUAUGGGAGCAAUUAAGUGACGAAGCUGCAGUCAAGAUAGUAUUCAAGAACCCAAGAGCAGGAAUAGCGAAACGAUUGGUCCGAGCUGCUCUAAUUGAAGCUGCAAGAAAACAGGGAAUGAGUUAUGAUGAUCUAAAACAUAUUGAAAAGGGAAUUCGACGGCGUGUUCAUGACGACAUCACUGUUGUAGUGAUCUAUAUUGAUCAGCACCAUCAAGGUGGUCAUUCCAGAUUCAACCGCAGCAAUCGUGACUGCACGAGUGCACCUGUUGACAUCUUUUCAUUCAAUUUUGAUGAAUCUGAAGACCCUCUUCGGCGAGCUGAGUAAAUGCUAUGUGGAGGUCAACCAGUACAAGUACAUAAUCUGUCGAUUUCAUUAUCAAUAAUGCUUGGAUAUAUAUAAUCUGUCUUCCAUAAGCGUAUGAUCUAACAUAAGGUGCAGAAAAUUGGGUUGUUAGCUACUGUCAAAUUCGUGGGCAGCCGGUGGUGCCAAAGCAUGACCUAAGACUUGAGAUUUUUGGUAUGCACUUUUGUUGACAUUUUAUCAUAAUGUUGUAAACAUGUUUCAUUUUCAAAAUAAUUAUGAUGAUAGUAAUCGAGAAGUUGUAUCAAAGUGAUUGUUUGUGAU